GUCAAAGUCUCAAGAACCGACAACAUGGUUGAGUGGACAGAGUUCGAGCGUUCUACCAUUGCCGACAUCUUCUCCAAACUGAACUACGACGUUGCGGGUUCAAACGCCCUUGCGAGAUGUCUAGUUGUGUACCCCUGGACUCAGAGAUAUUUCGGUAAAUUUGGAAAUUUGUACAAUGCUGCUGCCAUCAUGGGAAACCCCAUGGUUGCCGCUCACGGCACGGUGGUCCUGCACGGAUUGGACAAAGCUGUUAAGAACAUGGACGACAUCAAGGCCACCUAUGCCGAGUUGAGCGUGCUGCACUCUGAGAAGCUGCACGUGGAUCCCGACAACUUCAAGCUGCUGGCUGACUGCCUGACCAUUGUUGUUGCGUCUCAAAUGGGCUCUGCGUUCACACCUCAAGUCCAGGCUGCGCUCCAGAAGUUUCUGGCUGUCGUGGUUUCCUCCCUUGGAAGACAAUACCAUUAG